AUGGUCACAUCUGGAAUGGUCAGAAAUCUGGACUGCAUCCCUUAUGAUGUAUUCUACCAAGUGGCCUCUACCCUCGACUGUCACGACCUCAUUCAUCUUAGCCGCGUUAACCGAGCAUUAAAUCAUUUGGUGCAAAAUGAAUCAAUUGCGCGUAAAACGAUUCAAAAUGAUUUACUGCACACAAAGGAAGGACAAGAGGCAGACCAGGCCAAGACUGGAUAUCGCAGAGCUCUCGGGCGCCUAUUCGACAUCAAGGAAUCAGUCGCAACGGCACAGCCGUACUCUGCUUCCAUUUUGGCUUAUGCGAGCUCCUUCAUCUACAGUGAAGGCUGUCUCAGCUACAUCUUCAACGAUGAAAUCCGUGUCCUAGAUGUGCACGGUGCCGGCCAAGUUGAGCAGGUGCUGAACAUCCACAAUGUUCUAUCCCGGGCCAUCCAAGGGUGCAACCCACAGACAGAUACAUUCCAGGUCUGCCUCAUGUACUACAGUAACUGGGUUCUGGCAUUCACAGUGGAGUUUCUAGACAGGCCUGAAGCUUGGCUUCUGGUAGUGGACAUGCGCCGCAAAGUGAACAACAAGAAAUGUGGUCGGCUACGUCUCCUGACAAGGCUCCAACACACACGACGAUUAUUCGUUCGACACAAUGGCUCCUAUCUAUACUAUGGGACGCACACCGCAGUGGGUGAUCGUGGCUAUUCACAAUGGGCGAUUCAUUGUGCGGAUCUCAAGAUAAGCCAGCACCUGACGGAAAAGCCAACCGUGCUGGAAAACUUCGCCGGCAGCGAGAUUGGUCAGACCGUAUGCUUUGAAGUUCAUCAGGACCAUCUCUACGCAGUGUCUACACUCGUGGACUUUGAAGCGGAGGAAGUCGAUUGGACUUCGUACUACGUGUGGCUUUGCAUUCCCCCCAAAUCUAACGCUGCCAAACGAUUCAUCACGCCCAACCGUACUUGGCGUCGUCAGCAUCGUGAAGGCCCGAUCAAUGACACCUGGUCAGAUCUCACGCUGCGUCAGGAUGAGGCAACCAAGCGACUGAUGAUUCUCGAAUGCCGCCGGGAAUGGCGCGAUGGUCGGAGUGAAAAUGCACGCACAUAUUACAUGCAGCCUUUGCCGUCCCCAGCCGAAGCCACUCAGAAUAAACAGCAAGGCUUGGAUUCCACACCCAACGCAACGCCCGUCACCCUCCCUGACGAACCUCUCACCAGAACCCUCGACUCCACCAGCAAACCCAAUUACGAACCCCCGCGUAAGCGUCUACGCCGACAUUUCCACCAGGAAUACGCACACGGUGCGGAACCGGCCCAACGACAUGACUACAUUCUUGCCAAAACCAAGUUCCGCAGCUACAACCUCUCCGCUUCGACAUUUGUCGAUCUGGUCAAUGACCCCUCCCCGGACACGCCCGGCAGCUUCAUCCCGCAUGACCGACUCCGUGUGCGCGCGGUAUCACGCAAACGCAAAUGUCCCAUUGACGAGAACGGGGACGAAGGCGAACCCGGCCUGCUCUUCCGUCCCGAACUCAGCGAUGCAGAUGGCCAGCCGAUUGAGCACAGCGAAGAACGCUACGCCUCACGCGGGGUCCGUCUGUGGCCUCCCGACAACGCCCCGCGGGAAUUAACUCAGCUGCUCUGCCCAUCGAAGCGCUGUGGCCCCGUUCAGGCAGCCGCCGACGAACGGUCCCUCGUGUACUCGGUCGAUCAGGAUGGCCUGGAAGGGACCGGACAUCAGGCGAUCGUGCUGAUCAAUUUCGACCCGUCGCUACGCCUGCCCGGCUUACAGAGCAUGAAUCUCACCCGUGGUGGAGCAGGUGCCCUACCAGCGGACGAGCGCGAUGCCCCAGUGGCCAUGGAGCGACCGGCCAUCGGAGAUAUCGGACGCGAACGAGUGGGCGUGCACACAUGUAUCGGCAGUCGAAAGGCGAACCAGCCGGUGCCAUCUGUCCGUGAGGAACAGGCCCUGUAUCUUUCUAUUCGACGGGGGUAUUGGCUUCGGUAA